AAGGCUUCGUUUGGAAACAGAAAAUAUUAACAAUUAAUUUACUCAAACUACUAAUACUUUUAACCAAGUUUCAUUUCUAAUAUCAAAAUGGUAAAACUUUUGGUAAUCGUUUCUCUAAUUUUCACCCUCUCAGGGCUGUUACUUCAGCUGAAGAUGGGCCUGUUACUACUCCAAUUCCGUUCCUCCUUUGGGCUGCUUCUGAUCCUACUGAAGAAAACGAAGUAGAAAAAAUUAACUUGAAGAAAUUUGUCAAAUUUACUGAAGCUCAUCAGUAGAAAUCGCCAAAUUUCACGAAAACAAUGACGCUGUUGGUGUUACACUUCUAAUGGUCGGUAAUGCAGAGGAAUCAGGAACCACUGGAGUUGUUUGGCCUACAGUUUUAGCCAAGAUCGCUUUAAAGAAAACAAUCGGUUUGACUGAGAAUAAGGAACAUGGUGUUCCCUCUUUGGUUGCAUGGGCCAUGAGGAAAACUGGACCAGGAACCUCAUACUCAUCAGUUGGUCGAACUGAUCUGAUCAUCUUUAUCCUCGAACAUAAGUCCAAGAUCAUUGAAUAUUUGAACAAUGGAGAUGUUGAUGGUUUGAUCAAUUACAUGGUUUCAACUUCAACUGAAUCAGGAACCAAAGACGUCGAUUGGAAAAAGUUAUUAAUUAUCUUAAGGACGAAAGACAAUUGUACCAAUACCCUUGUGGCUUUUUGAACCUUCAACUUUGUGACAGAAUUACACAGUAAAAUCAGUUGAUUGUAUGGAAAUGUUGAUUCCUUUGAUUCCCAACCAGAAAAUUCAAUAAAUAUUUAAUUUCUAUUCAAAUACAA